GUACCGCGCAACCAUCCAUAAAACCAUGAAAGCGGAUCCCAUCUCCGACCGAGCAGGGAAGAAGCAGAAGAAGGCGACCUUUCACGUAGCUCCCGUUUCCUCCGACGAAGGGGUUUGGCUUCGACGCGGAUCGGAGCAUCACUUUUGCGAAUGCCUUUCAACCGGUUUCGUGACUGUGAAUAAUUUUAGGCAUUACAGUAUCAGAAUUUUGGCAUUUUCGCGCUCAUCCAUGUCGUCGCUACAGGGUACUCACUACAGGGUACUGGCUUCGGGUUGAGUGAAAAAUAGCAAUGUAGAUGCGGAGGAUAUGAAUUGUUCACAUUCUGCUAUUCUUCUGUGCGUUGUGUCCACGGCAAAUUGGCGAAUGAUGGGGCGAUGUUAACAGCUUUCAGAGACUUGUGGAGUUAGCCCUCCGUUGCAGUUAACUGUCAUGGCAAAGGAAUUCUGCUCUGUUCUGAGUGAUGUUCGUCAACUGCGUCUUCAUCAACAACCGGAUCUGCCUUGUGACUUUUGUACUUUGUGGACAUUGAUUUUAUGCCCAGUGUCCUUAUCUUUUUUUGUUAUGAAAAUAGAGGUAAUGACUAACGAACGCCGUCAAAAUACUCUUCAAUUGUAGCAAUAGAAACCGACAUGGCUUAUUGAUCGCAUGCCGAGUGGACAGCAUCUGAACGUAGCAUUCUAUUUCUUGCGUUUCUUCGUGGGUCUCAAGUUCCAUUUUUCAUUUGGCAAAGCAUUUAUUCUCUUCAAAACACUGUUUUGCUGUCCUGCCUUGGAUUCCAAAGUCUUUCUAAAGAUCAUGGCCGACAAGAAGGUGAACAUUGACGACACCCCACCUGCAGAUGGAGUCGCACCUCCAACCGAGGAUGAGAAGCCUCCUCCAACGUUCGAACAAAUGUGGUUCAAUGACCCUGUCGAGGGUCGGGAGGCGCAGAUGUUAGCGUUAAAGCUGCGAGAUGGUGUUGUAUUGCGUGCUGAAACCAAUAGGAUCUAUCUGGAAAGAACUGGUAUCGUGACAUUCUUGCUGCAAGGGUUAAAACACUUGGCGAAAGUAAGGCCAAGUGACCCAGCCGAAUGGUUAGCAGCGUUUUUCCUGAAGAACAACCCACGCAAAAAUAUGAUCAUCACACCACCCAAAGUAGUAGAUCCUGAUAAUCCAGUUCCCAUUGGGUAAGCUAAAAGGUUAGGGCAAGGGCGCAACGCCGAUUGUGUCACUACCUGACGUAGUGAAAAUCUCCCCUCAAGAAAAGACAUGGAUAGACUAAACCCCAAAAUCUAUGGACGCAAAUGCCUAUGACAGUGAGCAACCUGAAAUUCAUCGCUAGACAGCAAAAAGAAUCAUACAAUGAGAACGACUGGGGCGUGUACUCCAACAAUGAUCUAAGAGAUGCCCAAGAUGUAUGAGGAGACCAAUCAAGAUGACAAGUACCUUCAGGUUGUUAGGUAUCAAAAGAGAUCAGAGUAACUAUAGUAAUAUAAUAUGCAAACAUGAAGUAUAUGCCAAUUCAACUCUCAAUGAAACUUCUUGCCCAAGAGUA